UGACUAAUUUCAACUCCAUAUUGACAAUUAAUAAAAAAUCCAGUAAGUUAACGUCUUCCUACGAUAUACGUUAUGAUAACAGCUGACGAUGUAUAGGGAAGUUGCAUUUUAAUUAAGAUAGUUUCCGUAUCGGGAGCAAAGUCGCGUCGUGAAUCGUGAUAAUGAAUUAUCAGCUGCAAGAGGAGUCGUAAAUAAUGGUAAGAAAAAGUGAAAAAACCAAACGGUUUCGUUUUAAUUAACUCGAAGACUCGGACUGUUCACGAGUAUAUACAUAAUACAAGCUUAGAUGAGUGAGAAAUUCCGUCGAUCAGUUUGUACCGAAGAAAAAAUUUUCACCCAAGUGCGCCAAGGUGAGGAGGAAAUCCGUCCGCGUGUUUCGUCCGCCUUCACCUUUUAAUCCCCUUCGUUUAUACUCUGGAUACUUCGUGUCGACGAUAAGACUGACCCAGUCGUAUUACUGAGCCUCCAUUGUCGCUGUAAACAGUCAUUAAAAUUUCUGAUAGACGGUGCAGCACCGAUUACAGAAGCAAAUUGCUCGAAACUUCCGGGGCGUCGUAUAAAUCAAUUGAAGUAGUUGACUGGACGAGAAGAUUAGGUCGAACAUCGCGUCGUAAAGAAGUGUAAAUAAACGAAAACACGAGUAUCGGAAGUUGGUGAAAAUCGAGAGGAGAAUCGGAAUAAUAAUACAGGAAAGGGAAGAAUUCGUGCGGCGAAACGGAGGGGCAGAAGGGAGAGGAACGUUUGAAAGGGAUUUCUUUCGGGGGAGUGAUAUUUUAGAGAGGGACAGAAUAAAGGGGAGAAAAUCCUUCUAGGAAUCGUCCGAGGGUGGUACGGCGGUCGUGUGUUAAGGGUCUGCGCGGUACGAUAGUAUUUCGAAAAAAGGAGAAUUGGGAAGAAAGGAGGAGGGAAGAAAAUUAAAAGGAAACAGAAGACCGAACAUCAACCCUACAAAAGAACUUCCGCGCGCAACAAGUCAUCAUGGUUAUCCACCUGGGCGGUUUUUAUCGGGGCAAAACACUACCCUAAGGGUUCCAAGGUGCGCGAUAAAACUCCAACGAGCUAUCCAUGUGCCGCGGUGACGUUUGUUCGUCGGGGAAAACACACAAGGACAAGGAAUCAAGGUGAAAGAAGGAGGCAGGCAGCAAUCGAAAUAAGAAGAACACCGUAACACACUCGACAUGCCGUGGAUAAAGUGCCUCGGUGGGCGAGGCAGCAAAACAAGGCGUGGAAAGCCUCUGACCGUCAGUCAACCCAUUCAUCUUCUUGUAAAGAGUGAAUUUGAACCACAAUGUCACGUUUUCCGCACAAAGCAGCUGCGCAAGUCAAGGCCGUGUCAUCUUUGUCAUCAGCCGGUCAUCAAGCAAGGCUCGUGCUGCCGCGUAUGCAAAUACACGUGUCACAAGGCUUGCGAAGACAAGGGAGCGAGGUUCAGGGAUACUUCGCAACAGAUUCACAAACAGUGGCAGGCUGAUCCUGCCCGAGCUUUUCCCACCGUUGGUAGUCCCGGAUCGGAUGCACCCACUACAGGCAUCAAUUCGGCCGAAGGUUCUACGGCUACACCCACGCCGAGUCCGAGCCCGACAAAUGGCCAGCAGAAUUCGCACAACAGCAACUAUGAAACACCGUCGAAGAAUAUCACCAACACGAUUUCUCGGUCGAAACAGGUGACGACGACGAUGACGAGGCCGCGGACGCCCGGCGUCGGGGCAGACGCUAUGUCAAUCGGAGGAAACCGGAGUGGCCGAGUGAGCGAAGUGAUGGAGCUGAGCUACGUCACCGAGAGGAUAAUUGCCUUGUGGUACAGGGAAGAUGCCCGAGGGAUCCUGGACCACGCGACGACCCUUUUGCGAGGGAAACAUGGGGAUAAUUACGUGAUCUUCAAUCUUUCCUCACCCGGACGAACCACUGAGCCAAAUACGCGGGAGUCAGGAUGGCCACAAAACUUAGCACCAAGCUUAGAGCGACUCUGCGCUCUUUGCAAGGAGCUCGAUUCUUGGCUAAACGCCGCGCCUAAUAGAGUCGCUGUUCUACACGCUAGGGGCGGCAAGGAGCGUCUCGGCGUUGCGGUUUCAGCAUACAUGAACUACAGCAGUAUUUGCGGAAGCAGAGAUCAGGCAUUAGACAGAUUCGCUAUGAGGAGGUUCCUCGACGACAAAAUCGGGCCGCUUCACGUUCCCUCGCAUCGCAGGUACGUCGAGUAUUUCAGCGGUCUUUUAUCCGGCUCGCUGAGAAUCAGCCCGUCUCCACUUUACCUCACACACCUGACGGUUCUGGGCGUACCGCAAUUCGAACCGACGGGAUGUCGCGCCUUCCUGAAGGUUUACGAAGGUCUGACCCCGGUCUACACCUCCGACCUUUACUCGGUGACAAACGCCCGAGAGUUCACGGUUAAUCUUGGAGGCCUCAGACUCCGCGGUGACAUACUGAUAAAGUGCUACCAUCGCGUUUACUCGAAGCAGAGCCGAGAGGCUAUGUUCUCGCUGCAGUUCCACACCUGCGUGAUCACCGAGAAUGUCGUUUCGUUCCCUCGAUCGGAACUCGACAUCGCCUGCGAGGAUCUCAGGUGUCCGGCCGACAGCGUCGUCACCCUUUACUUCGCCAGCGACGCCCGCCGUCAGGAUGGCGUCGCUGGUCCUGUUCCGGCACCCACCCCUGCAGUGCCUCAUACCUCCGCUCAUCACGACCCCAUUUUGCACUGGGACAGCUACACCAAUUUGGAAAUCAGCGAUGACGAGGGUCGCGACACGCCGUUGUCCCCACCCCCGCCCUCCAAUUCCUCGCUUCAAACGUCGCCCAGAGGCUUGGGGUACACCUGCGGCCCCAUCGAUGGCUCCCUCUACGCCGUCGUUAAUCCCGGAGGCGCUGGUGGACCCCGGGGUUCCCCGUUGACCGUGUCGAUGGACAGUGGCAUAAGCAGCGCUCCUCCGCAACGACCCAGUCCUCCAGAAGCAGAGCCAGACUCCGAAAACGACCGACUCAACAGCCACGGCGAUCUUGACAAGCUCCUUCACGACAUGAUGUUGACUGUCGAGUCGAUGCCAGACCCUCCGCCGGCAGAAAAUUACAGAUCAGACAAGAGCGACAAGAUGUACAUCCGGGAGAUGCGAGGCUACAACAGCAGCGGUAACCAAUCGUCUAACUACUCGACACUCAAGGAUUCGUACCGAAGCUACUCUUCGAAGAACGGCGACAGUCCUUCGUACAGCGGUGGCAGCAGCUACUCGACUCUGAAGAACGAACCUCAGGACCCGAUAACCCUCAGGAAGGACACGAUCGAACGACGGGAAGAGGUAAGGAGUUUCGACGUCAACUUCCGCCGGUCACCGGAGCGAAAAAACGGCGGCGAGUCCUUCUCUCCACCCGGGAACAUCGACUUCAUAGACGAGGACAUUCCCUACCACGCGAGGCAGACCAGCCAACCCUUCACCUACGGCGCCACCACCGACAUGAUAAAGCAGCAGAUACUCUCCUCACCUUCUCUCGUCAGGAAGGCCUCCGUCAGAGGUGCCGCCCCCGUCGUCGACCUCGACGACAUACUCGGGGAACGCGAGAAGAGGACCGUCAGCCCAACCACCCCGGAUCCACCCCCUGAAUUUGCAAACGGCUCCGGGACUCUUAAGGCUAAUGACUACACGGACGGAUUGUCGUGGCUGAGACAACAGCAGCUAAAACUUGCUGCUCGAAGGGACGAGAGAAGCCCGAGUAAACAGUGGCGCCAGGAAUCUGGGAACAGGGUUAUCGGCGAGCUGAGGACCGUGCAACGAGGAAGAGUCCGGCAGGACGGAUACGCCAGCGAUUCGGCGGUUCUUGACGGCGACGACGAUACCUGGACGAUAAAUUACUCGACGCAGCCGCAGGUACGAUCCGCAACUUACACCUCGGCACCGGCUAGUCCGCUGCUUCCGCAAAGGUCGAGCAGCCGUAAGUACAACAACGGUACCCUGAUUGGCGGUCGGCCGCGUGCGGAAAGUUUCAACGAGCGUCCGUUCGUCGGAGUUAAGCGUGGAUACGAAUUAAGGAAGAACAGCGAGACUCAGAGUCCCCCGAUGUCCCCAAGAUCAGCUCUCGCAGCUGCUCCCUUAGGAUAUGCCUUCCAGCAAACGUUGAGCCGCCAUUAUCAGCAUCAGCAGCUGCAACAACAAGCGAACGGUGAAAAUCAACGGCAUUCACCGCCGCAGCCGGAAUCGCGAAGCGAUAGCUACGCGAGGACAGAAUCUCUGCUUAAUCAGCACCACCGCACUUUGGCGCUGAACGAAAAUUCCUUGUAUCAAGUCCGGCCCAACGAGUCAAGAAGCAACUUCGUCUACUCCUCGAGCAAAUUGCACUCAGUAAACAACUCGGGGCCCGGUUCUCAGGAGUCGGGCCUGCUGCAAACCGUCGAUGACCAACCGGCCCAGAACUCGGGAGGCGGAACUACAAAUUCAAAUUCCAACGCCAACAGGGCCGAUAACGCGACGUCAGAUCCGCUCGUGAGCCUAUUUCAGUCAUUGGCGGAAAUAUCGAACGUCAGAACCACCUCAUCUACUAAUAAGAACGAACUGCAUAUCCGCGCCACAUCAACAAACACAACUAACAGUUCCCCUAACCAGUCGCCAAAAGCAUGGCAGUCCCACAAUGACUCGGUAUCAUCGUGGACGGAGAGGAGCAUCAGCCCAGCAGGAGGUGCGGGAGCAGGAAGUACAGCGUCGCGGCCGCAAACCCCAGCGUUUCCGGUUCACCCGCGAACACCGUACGUCAACAAUGCCUCGCCGACGGUAACAUUCGCCAGCGACAGAAUUUACGCUACUUCGAACAGCGUGAACAACGCGAUAAACAACAACAUUAACAUCAACAACAAAAACAACAAAAACAACAACAACAACGACAACAACAGUGCCAACAAUAACGGCCCGGAAGACACUCGACAUUAUAACGGGAAUGGCAACUAUGGAAAUUACACAACUGAGCGUGUAUUCACGGCUGAGGAAAGAAGAGAAAUAUCCAGAGAGACGGGAUUGCCUCCCAAGAGUCCGACAACCCAGCGACGUUUGAGUUUCCCAGCAAGCGGAUCGCUAAAGCAAACGAAUAACAAACGAUGGCCGCUCACUAACCAGUCGGCGUCGUUCGACUAUAGCAAGGAUCGACCUGUCUCUCCCGGAGGAGAGUACGCCAGUCAGUCUCAAAUGACGAUAAAUAGUCAAAGCCCCGGCACACCGACGCAGAUAGAAUUCGCCCAGAGUCCCAAGAGUGCCAUAUCAUACUCGUCGAUAAACAGCGGCGGUCAGUCAUCGCCUAAGGUCUAUAACUACGGCUCCAGAAGAUCGAGCGUUCACUCAAACACAGAACCCCAGGAAGUUGCGGACGCCAAUGUCAAGUUCGUCAGAGACACAAGCCGGAUUUGGUACAAGCCGAAUAUUUCUAGAGAACAAGCCAUCGCGAUGCUGAAGGACGCCACUCCGGGGAUGUUCGUUGUCCGUGACAGCAACUCCUUCCCCGGCGCCUUUGGGCUCGCCCUUAAGGUGGCGACGCCGCCUCCUGGAGCUCCGAGCAGCCCUCGAGAUCCGGCGAGUGAAUUAGUGAGGCAUUUUCUCAUCGAACCAACAUCGAGAGGCGUUCGUCUAAAGGGAUGCGCUAACGAACCGGUCUUCAGCUCGCUGUCGGCCCUCGUUUAUCAGCACAGCUUAAUGGCCAUGGCUUUGCCUUGCCAGCUGCUUCUUCCCGAACCGGAAGCCGCCGCCAGAGCCCUUGACUCCCCGGGAACGAGCAGCGCUCAGCAACUACUUGCUCAGGGGGCGGCCUGCAACGUGCUCUACCUCUUCACAAUCGAUACUGAAUCUUUGACGGGGCCACAAGCGAUCAGAAAAACUGUCACGACACUUUUCGAACAGCGACCAUUACCCACGGCGACUGUAGUCCACUUCAAGGUAUCAGCUCAGGGUAUCACCCUGACGGAUAACGCCCGUAAACUAUUCUUCAGGAGACAUUAUCCGACAAAUAACAUUAGCUACUGCGGUCUCGACGUCGACGAACGAACCUGGAACUUCGUAGCCGAAAACAGCCAGAGCCAAACCUCUCAUCGGUGUUUCGGGUUCGUGGCUCGAAAAACGGCCCAUAAAUCAGACAACCAGUGUCACGUGUUCGCCGAACUUGAACCAGAACAACAGCCCGCGACAGCGAUAGUCAACUUCGUGAACAAAGUGAUGAUGGGAAAUGCUCAGGUGAAAGCAAACAUCGUUUGAAACUUUUCUACAAAAGCAUAUGAUAUGCAAUACCUGUGAUGGAAUCCGGUGGGCGUUGAGAUGUGUUGAGUGAUGAAAACCCGGCAUGAAUUUACAAUUAGUAGGAAAGCAAUCAGCUAUGCGGUGAAAAAAUAAAAACAGGAAGGAAUUAAGAUAUUGUAACGGUAUACAUAGUAUGCGCUAUAUAUUGCAUAGAUUAUUAUCGUCGAAAUAAUUAUAUUAUUACCGAUUUAUUAUUAUUAUUAUCAUCAUCAUUAUUAUUUCACUUCAAUCAGAGGCCUUUUCUUAUGAAUAGGAAUAGGAUAUCGUACCUAUAUAGAAUUUACGUAUCGCACACUGUAAAACAGUUGCUGUAAUAUAUAGUGAAACGACGAGGAACAUUCAUGCCGAUAGAAAUAAGUCAAAUGUGAGAAAAAUCAGCAAAGAAAUUAUACGCUGUAGGUACGCGUAUAUAAAUUAUCCACGGAUUGAGAUAGCCGAGACAAAUUCUGAAAAGGAGAUAACAAGAAACGCAACGCGGAUUGAAAAGAAAUAAAUAAAAACAAUGAAAUAGCGAUGAAACCCUGAAUUGCAUAGGUGAACUUCGUCGGCUUCGUUAAUUCAAUUGUGUUGUACAAUUGCCAGUAUUGAAACUGGUUAGCCUUAAUAAGUUAAAUCGAAUGUCAAAAAUAUUGAAAAUACAUAUUACAUUAUAUACGUAGAUAUUAUAAUUAUAGAGUUGUAGACGUUAGGAAUACGGUAUAAUUAAUUAAAUGGUUAUUAACUGAUCGUCACGUCACGUUAUUAGUAUAAUGGCGGCGAUAUAAUAUUCAGCAUCAUGUGGCAGAGAUUAACAAGUGAUGCCUAAACU